AUGACGGUCACUCCUCCCAAGUAUAGCGACGAGGUCCAAAAAGUGACCAAGGACACCCCGAUUGAGGACAUACUUUAUCUUUUGAAGCGCGAUGGAGGGGUUUUUAUCAAAAACCUCAUCCCUGAGGAUCAAGUCGACCAGGCGAUUUCCGAGGUGAAAGAUCGCCUGGACAGCGAUGUUGAAUGGAAUGGGACAUUCUUCCCCGCUCAAACCCAGCGUGCUCCAUCUCUCAUCGCACGCAGUCCGACAUACACAAGGACUCAAUUGAUGAACCCGCUCUAUCGAGAAGUGUGCAACCAUUUUCUUACCACCAGGAGUUGGUUCUGGUGGGGAGAUGAAAAGAAAGAGUCGGUUUCAAAGCCCUACGCACAUUCCUGUACUGCAAUGAGGAUCGGCCCUGGUGGCAAGGCGCAGCCAUUGCAUCGCGAUGAUUAUAUCAGCCAUCGCUAUCACACUGAGAUUGACAAGUGGGAUGAUGCGCGGGAUAUGGAUCGCGAAUCUGCCGUGGGUCUGUUUGUAGCCGGCUGCAAGAUCACCAAGGAGAACGGAGGCACUCAAUUCAUCCCGAAGAGUCAUCUAUGGGGAACUGACCGCAAGACGCCUCCCCGUGUCGACGAGUGUAUCUUUGCCGAGAUGGAGAAAGGCGAUGCGUUCUUCAUGCUAGCCUCUGCGUUUCAUGGGGGAGGAGAAAACACCACCACGGAUGAACAUCGGCUGCUGUUCUCUACCUUCGUGGUGCGCGGUUACCUUCGCCAGGAGGAGAACCAAUUCCUGGCCGUGCCGAGGGAAAUCGCCCGAAGCUAUGACCGGGACAUUCAGGAAUUCAUGGGCUACUGCAUGAGUGAUCCGGCGUGUGGCUAUGUUGAGCAGAUUGAUCCGAUUUACCAUCUUUGUCCAGAACUCAGCACAGACGCCCGACCGAAGGACUUUUGA